UUCACCAAAGCGUCUCAAAUACAGCACAGUUGACUGUGAGGGGAGUUUAUUGAGGCUGAGCAGAUAUAGGCUACAUCGUUGUCUGAGAGCCUGAUAAUCCAUUGUGCAGUAUGGGAUCCAGACGAGGGGACAUACCUGCACUGGAGUCUGGUAUUUCUGGGGGUUUCUUUGGGGGGUUCUCGUCUCCUAUUGGUAUGUCAAGACGAGCCUUUAACUAUGAUGAAGCUUUGGACGCACCCAUGCAGUCCCCUCCCUCUGACCUGUGUGUCAACAACCCCUGGAAGAACCCCCUCAUACCACAGAGGAAGUUCAACAGUAUUGCAGAGGAGGACGAGAGUGGGCCACUGACCUUCUCCGCCUGUCAGUUUGAUGCAGUGGCUGCAGCACCUGUCAAGUCCCCUGUCCCAGUUGUUAAGGCCAAAGCCUCCUCUCUCAUGAACACACUUAUGACCAAGCAGUCCCAGGAGAGCUUGCAGAGGUUCGAGCUCCAAGCAGGACUGACAGAAGCUGGCUACACCCCCCACAAGGGUCUUUCUGCUGAGGAAGCCCAAUUCCACCUCCUUGCUGAGAAACCAAGGCCUCAGAAGUUGAGAAUGCCAAGCGGGGACUUCAAGGAGGACAGGCUUACGACAUCAGCUCAAUCCACCCCUUGUGGCACCCCCUCCCUCACCCCCUGUGUUACCCCAAACGUCAGCCCACACACCUCACCCUUAAUCAACCGCAGGAGCUGGUUCAACAACCUGAGUCCUGCACCAUUUAUUGGCACACCAGAGCUGGGCAGUCCUAACAGAUUAGAAAUGGGAGGCAAUGAGGGCGGAGGAACUGGAGGGGAGAGGUGGAGCUUCUUUGGAACUUCUCGACCCGUAGUACAGAAGUCAUCUACAGACCCAGGCUCAGAAACCAACACAGUUACCAUUCUUGUCUGCUCAGGCUUCACUCUCCAGUCCUACUUUGGUGUGACCAAGUCUAACACCCUGGAGGGCAUUAAGACACAGGUCAACCUGAUGGUGGAUGACCCUGCCAAGAUCAACCCACCCAAGAUCGAUAUUAGUGGCAUUGAGUGCAAGAGACCCCCUCAGACCCGCCCACACAAACUUAAACCCCGGGACAUGAAUGUCCUAACACCUUCUGGAUUCUAAUAGCCCCAAAAACAAUCUCCCAUGAAUCCUAGCGACCACAUCCCCUGGCAGCCAGUAGCCGGUCUACUACACCCGUGGUUCUCAAACCUGUCCCUGGGACCCCCAAGCAUCUCAUAAUGUUGUUGUAGCCCUGAACUAGCUCACCUGAAUCAAGCAGCCAAUGCCUUGACAAUUAGUUGACAUGUUGAUGCAGGUGUUUUAUCUGUGAAAUACAUCUAAUACAUAGAAUUGCUAGGGGUCCCUAGGAGAGAACCACAGUACCACACUACCCUGCUCUGCCUGCUUAGUGGAACCCAAGAGACUCAGAAGAUGGAAGACAUGCUUCAGAAGUCAUUCCCAACUCCAGGGUUGUCAAACUCAUUCAGCCCCAGGUGCAGCAUUCGGCUUCAGCGAGGUCCAGAAGGCCACAUUGAAAAUGUUAUUUUGUCACUGUCAGAAUUAGCAAAACAUGGCUCGCUGUCUGGCAUUUUUUGUUCUUUGUUAUUAACAAGCUGGACACCGUAGAGACACAAUGACCAUAGGUUCAUUAUAAUAUAUACAUAGUUGAGAUUUGGUUUUGGUCAUUAUGAAGUAUGAUACAUAGUUGUAUUUUAUAUUUUUACUCAAACAAUUAAUGGGCCAAAUCGGACCUUCUCGUUUGCCACGCCUGCCCCUAUAACUUACCUGAACCUUGUCCAGAAAAGCACAAAACAUUUUCAUCCGCCUCACAUCAAAAGGGUUGCUUAUUGUUGUUUUAAUUUUUAAUUUUAAUGGAUGCUUUGGUGUUUUACAAUGCCCUUUUGUGUCUUCUUGGUUUUGCGUUGAGAUUGAAAGACUGGUUUUGAUGUCUCAUGUCUGAAACUACUGCCGUGAUGAAUAAUGCCAGGGGUCAUUUCAUUUGACCUCCACUCACUAAAAGCACUAUAUUGUCA